AUGCCCUUCAGAUCUAUAUGCAUACAUAAAAAUUUUUUAUUUAGACAAUGGAAAAAAUGGGCAGUUCACUCUGGCUUUGAUUAUCGGUUAUGUUAUGGUGAUAUUACACUUACUUUUCUUCAUAAACCUAAGAAACCAGUUUUUGAAUCACCCAAAUUAAAAAAGAAGUCUUUUGUAACUUUGAAGAAAACUUCUGAAUUGGUUAAAAAGUCACAAGACAAAAAUAUGACUAAAAAAUCAGGAAAUACUGAGACAACCAAAAGAUUGACUGAUAUUACAUCAACAGAAUCAGCAGCAGAAUCAGAAGAUGAAUUUGUUGGAAUAGAUGGAAAUAUAGCAAAAAAAUCUGGUGCUCACGAAUUCAUCAGUACUCACUUUCAUUCUGCCACAGUUUGUAAUUUCUGUAGUAAGAAGGUUUGUUUUUAAAACUGUAUU